AUGAACAUCGCUGAACAGCCACACUCUCCCCUCUUCAUUCACUUACCAUCCGCCCCUUCAACCAACAGCCAGCCAGCUCCAAUACCCAGAUUCCUUCAGGACAAACCAGUCGCCAGCAUCAACUACCGAUGGAACUCCUUUGAUCAAGAGGAGGCAUAUUCAUCCUCUGUUGAUGAUGUCUGGCCAACGCCUGUUCAUGAUACCUUCUUCGCCUACCAGUGGCUAGUGGAAAAUCUUUCACCAGAAGGCCUCAAAAGGCGCGAUAUCUACGUCUAUGGAUCUCACCUAGGAGCCAGUCUCGCCACUUCUCUUGCGCUCACAGAGUCACAACCGCACAAGCCUUUUGCAGUCCGAGGUCUGGUGUCAUACAAUGGCAUCUACAACUGGACCAUGUUCUUUCCCGACCAUCCAGUAAAUCAUCCUGGUAAAUACACCAAAACCUACCACAGGCCUCGCGAGGGAACGUACAUGCACCACCUCAAGCAGAUGCUGCCGACCUUCUUCCAAUCUACGGCAGACUUGUUCGACGUCUUUGCGAGCCCAAGCCUCUUCUUUCACAACCCUGGAAUAAAAGUCCCUUCGUCUUACCACCUGUCGGAAGAAGAGUCCACUGCCAUCGAACUCCUGGCCAACCCACACGCUGAGAAUGAUCCCCCGAUGAAGGCCCCGCGCAGGUCACGACUGGUGUUUCCACCCCGCACAUCGACGCUCAAGAUCCCCGAGACAUUGCUGCUGUACGACCUGCUUCCUACUCCACUGCCUACGAACAGGCCUGGUAGACCAAGGUCCGGAAGGCAGUGGGGAAACAGUCUGGAGAUGCAGGCUAGAGAGCUGGCAGAAAUGAUGCAGUCUAGUAUCGAGAAGGUUGAGCUCAAGCAGAGAGGUCUAUGGGAUGACGAUAUUGAUUUCUACGAGAACGAGCAGAAGAGAAGAGUCAAGGUUGAACGAGCUGGGGAAGAGUCCCCAAGCAUGGAGCUGAGUCCGAAUGGGGAGCGGCUUGUUGAACAAUGGUUGACAGAGAGAACCGUACCAAAGAAGAUCCAAUCUCACUUGUAA